UGAGCCAGAAGCCUCGCCCCCCCGACGACGUUCCAAAGGCUCUGCGGCUGCCGCCCCACCCAGCCAGGCCUCACCACCCGGAUCGCUCCCGGCCAGGAUCAGCCCGCGGUGACUUUCCCGGGACCAUGCUGCGCUGGCUACGGGCCUUCGUGCUGCCCACCGCCGCCUGCCAGGACGCGGAGCCGCCCACGCGCUACGAGACGCUUUUCCGGGCGCUGGACCGCAAUGGGGACGGAGUGGUGGACAUCGGAGAGCUGCAGCAGGGGCUGCAGAACCUGGGCAUCCCACUGGGCCAGGACGCCGAGGAGAAAAUUUUUACUACUGGUGAUGCCAACAAAGAUGGAAAGCUGGACUUUGAAGAAUUUAUGAAAUACCUGAAAGACCAUGAGAAGAAAAUGAAGUUAGCAUUUAGAAGUUUGGACAAGAAUAAUGAUGGGAAAAUCGAACCGUCAGAAAUUGUCCAGUCUCUCCAGAUGCUGGGUUUGCAGAUUUCUGAAAAGCAAGCCAAGCUGAUUCUUCAGAGCAUCGACUCUGACGGGACAAUGACAGUGGAUUGGAAUGAAUGGAGGGAUUACUUUUUAUUUAACCCCGUUUCAGACAUCGAGGAAAUUAUCCGUUUCUGGAAGCACUCUACUGGCAUUGACAUAGGGGAUAGCUUAACUAUUCCGGAUGAAUUCACAGAAGAUGAGAAAAAAUCAGGACAGUGGUGGCGGCAGCUGCUGGCAGGAGGCGUGGCUGGCGCAGUCUCUAGAACAAGCACAGCACCUUUGGAUCGCCUCAAGGUCAUGAUGCAGGUUCAUGGUUCCAAAUCAAUGAAUAUAUUUGGAGGCUUUCGGCAGAUGGUAAAGGAAGGAGGAAUCCGUUCUCUUUGGAGAGGAAAUGGCACAAAUGUCAUUAAAAUCGCUCCCGAGACAGCUGUUAAGUUCUGGGCUUAUGAACAGUACAAGAAGUUGCUCACAGAGGAAGGACAAAAAUUAGGAACCUUUGAGAGGUUCGUUUCUGGUUCCAUGGCUGGAGCAACCGCACAGACUUUUAUCUAUCCCAUGGAGGUUCUGAAAACCCGGCUAGCUGUAGCCAAAACUGGACAAUAUUCUGGAAUAUACGGUUGUGCCAAGAAGAUUUUGAAGCAGGAAGGCUUUGGGGCUUUUUACAAAGGCUAUGUUCCCAACUUACUAGGCAUCAUUCCUUAUGCAGGCAUCGAUCUCGCCGUGUAUGAGCUUUUGAAGUCUUAUUGGCUGGAUAACUUUGCAAAGGACUCUGUCAACCCUGGAGUGGUGGUACUGCUGGGCUGUGGGGCUCUGUCCAGCACCUGUGGGCAGCUGGCCAGUUACCCCCUGGCUUUGGUGAGGACACGCAUGCAGGCACAAGCCAUGGUGGACGGGGCCCCACAGCUGAACAUGGUUGGCCUUUUCCAGCGAAUAGUCUCUAAAGAAGGAGUGUCAGGCCUCUACAGAGGAAUCACCCCAAACUUCAUGAAGGUGCUCCCCGCUGUUGGCAUCAGCUAUGUGGUAUAUGAAAAUAUGAAGCAGACUCUAGGAGUUGCUCAGAAGUGACACACCCGAGCCUUCUUUUCCACAAUAACCAAAGCUGUCAGCACUCUCCAGUGACAUCUGGGAAGAGAGACACUCAGAAUCACUGCAAGCAUUUGGGCUUAGUUUUAUAUCUUCAGUAAUGUUCCAAAAUCACAGUUUCAAUAAGUGUUGAAGGAGCCACAAAAUUGUACUUUAUAUUUGCUGAUAAAGAACCGUGCCUUGCACCCUAAAUCUGAAAAUGUGCUUGUUUAAGCUGAAAUCAUUUUGUGUGGUAGAAUUAUAAAUCACUGAUCUUUGUUCCGAUUGGUUCAGGUUUAUGUCAAUUUGUUUAUACCCAAUUAAAAAAAACAAAAAAACAAAACCAAAAUGAUUAGAAAGCCUUGGAACUUAAAUUGUUCUAUAUAUUUUGCAUGUUUUUAUAGAUGUAAAACAUCUAUACAAACAGGAAUAUUAGUGGGGGAAAACCACUGUAUUUAAAAUCAGUCUUUCACAGUUUAUAUCCUCAUCUGUAAGCAGAGUAGGGAUGAAUUAUAGUGACAAGGUUUGCACGUGGAGGAGCAGUGAGACACUGUUCACCUCAGUGGGUCCUCUUCUGUGCUACUUGCAUUGCUCUUUGGUCCCAAUUUUAGACGUUGAUUGUCAGGUUGUUAAACUAUCGAUACGAGUUAUUUGGUAAAUCCUAUUUAUUCUGCCAUUGCUUUUAAAAAUCAUCAGUGAACAGAACUGUUGACUUGUACCAUUUCCCAGAGAGUGUCCUGGUUUUGUUCUUUUUUUAAUGUUUAAUCUCUGAAUCAAAUUCUCUUAAUCAGGAAGGCUCCCAGGACCUUCUUAGAGAUCUGAGACUGCUCUUUUCAUGACUUGAGUGUUAAUUUCAGGUAAAUGACACCCUCACUUCACUCUCACGGUUGAAGUCCUUCGAAGCUGUGCUUCUCAGUGGGGUGACACAAAGCACCAGCACCGUUGGCCUGUAGUGCAUGUUCACCUUCUGUGUGUGAAUGAGAGGCUCAGUCUGGGAACAUACACAGCCACCCACAUUGUCACUUGCCUCAAGAUUUAGGAAGAUGGCAAGAAAUUUGUAAUAUCGACAACGCUUAACUUUUUUUUACUAAAGAUGAUUUUGUAGUAAAUUAUAUUUUAUUAGAACUUAGAGAGAUUCUUAUUUCUUCUAUAAGAAGAUAUUUGAUAGUCUUAGCUGGGCAGUGGUGGCACAUGCCCUUAGUCCCAGCACUUGGGAGGAAGAGGCAGGUGGAUCUCUGAAUUCAAGGCCAGCCUGGUCUACAUAGUGAGUUCCAGGACAGCCAGUGCUACACAGUGAGACCCUGUCUCAAAAAACCAUAUAUACUCUUAACAUUUUAAGAUUUAGCUUAUAUACUCAUUUGGUUUCUUGUAAUUUGUUAUAAUUACUUUCGAAAAAAAUCUAGUGAAAUGGGAAUCAUUGACUUUAGCCUACCUCUUUUAUUUUUUGAACCGAAGAGAAAAGAUGAACUUGUGUUUAUGAAACUCAUUCUAAAAUAUAGUUUGGUUUGUAUUACUGAUGCCUGCUCUUGUCUCAGUAUUUUUAUACUAUGUAAGGAAAGGAAUGGACUUUCCUUUGUCUUCAGGGUUAUGGUACUUUUGAGUAAUACAUAGAAUGACAAUUCCUUUUUACUCAUAAUGAUUAUGGAAAUAAAUAAUUCUUUUAAUGUUUUUUGGAAUUUCAAGCUGAUGAAAACUAUGAAGAUAUUCAUAGUUCAUUAUGACAUUAAAAUGUCCUCCCCACAUUGAACAUGUGUAAAGUAUGACUGAUUUAUGUGUGCACCUUGUAUCUUUUGGGGAAAAAUGCCUCUUGCUGAAGACAGCUUAUUUCUGACAGUGCUACACAGUUACUGCUAAUGUGUAUUAAAGGUAUAUGUCUGUUUCUAAAA